AUGUUCAGGUCGAAAUCCGAUUACAUCGUUCGUUUUCUACCACGCGAAUUGAAAAUUGUGCCAACGCUUAAUCACAACAACGUUGUUAAAGUUUACGACGUUAGUUUUAUGUCAAAAUCCGAUUACAUCGUUCGUUUUCUACCACGCGAAUUGAAAAUUGUGCCAACGCUUAAUCACAACAAUGUUGUUAAAUAUUUAAAAGCGAAUGAAAUAGCGCAUCGCGAUUUGAAAUGCGAGAACAUCUUUUUGGAUAGAUACGGUAACAUUAAACUAGGCGAUUUUGGAUUUUCAAGGAUAAUGCACAACGGCGAUGUCUCGUACACAUUUUGUGGUUCGAAAGGAUAUGUACCGCCAGAAAUUCUGAAGUCGCAACCGCACAUAGGUUUUUAUGUCGAUCUUUGGAGUCUAGGCGUUGUGAUGUUUGUAACGGUCACCGGAUUAAUGCCUUAUGACGACAGAAAACCUAAAAAGAUGCUCUUGAAGCAGUUACAGCACAGGUGUAAUGCAAAAAGAAACGUUCUCUCCAACUUCAGGUCGCAACCGCACAUAGGUUUUUAUGUCGAUCUUUGGAGUCUAGGCGUUGUGAUGUUUGUAACGGUCACCGGAUUAAUGCCUUAUGACGACAGGAAACCUAAAAAGAUGCUCUUGAAGCAGUUACAGCACAGGUUAACGUUUCCAGAGAAAGUACCAUUAAGUGAAGAAGUAAAACUGCUGAUUUUCGAUAUAUUGCAUCCUGUACCGGAAAAACGAAAACCAUAUCCAGAGAUUCUGAAAUCCUCGUGGCUUGUAAAUACACCUUAUCAUUUUCGCUCCAAAGAAUCUCUAGAUCCAAUUAAAGAAGAAGAGACUUUAAAAAAUGGUAAAAAAUAA